AUCUCUGUAGUCAAUACGAGAAUCAGCCUUUAUUCCGAUAUACCCCGUUGCUUACAUCCACGAAGAUCAUAUAUAAACUCAUCACCAACAAUCUACCUACCAGCCCUCAAUUCUCACACCACAUCUCAUCCCAUCCCACCACCCAAAAGACGAAAGCACAAACAACAACAAACAACCCAAAAUGAACCCAAACCGCGGCGCCACAAUCGUCCUAAACUGGCUCUCCCGUUCCCGCGCGCAACGCAUCGCCUGGCUCCUCGAAGAACUCAACCUAAGCUACACCAUCCAACCCUUCAAACGCAACGCCAAUGGCACCGCGCCCGCGGAAAUGAAACAAAUCCAUCCGUUAGGAAAAUCACCCACCAUAUCCAUCCAAGCACCCGAUACAUCCCUGAACCCUAUUAUUCUCGCGGAAACAAGUCCUAUCAUGGCAUACCUAAUUGAGCAUUUCGCCAACGAGGAAAAAAGGAACACACUCGUUCCAGAGAAAUGGAUCCCGGGGAAAGAAGGUAUGCUAGGCGGAGAAACAGAGGAAUGGAUGCGGUGGAGGUAUUUUGAUAGUUACGUGGAGGGGAGUUUGAUGGGUACGACGCAGGUUAGGUUGGUUUUUGAUGCUGUGAAAAACGCCCCCCUGCCAUUCUUCAUCAAGCCGGUUACAAAUCUCAUCACGUCGAAGGUGAACGCGGAGUUUCUGGAUGGGGAGUUUCGAACACAUUUCGGGUUUCUGGAGAAUCAACUUGCCACGCCACCCGGCGGAGGAGGGUACAUCUGUGGGAGGGAGCUGACGACGGCGGAUAUACAACUUAGUGUUCCGUUGGCGGUGGCGUUGGGGUUGGGGGUUGUGCCGAGGGGAGAAUUUCCGUUGUUAAAUGGGUAUGUGGAGAGGUUGCAGCGGGAGGAGGGGUAUAGGAGGGCUGUAGAGAGGGUCAGGAGUGUUGAGGGGGAUGGGAAGGGGUUUAUGUUGGAGUGAUUAAUUGAUUUGUUUGGGAGUUGGGGUGGUUGAAAUAACAUUGGUGUCAUUCUUUGGGGUCUUUGUAUUAGGCUGGAUCAUGGUUAUUGAUCUAUAGUCUAUAAUAUCAUAUACCGUCAUCAUCAUAAAC